GCAGAGAGAAGCUGGAGGGAGAGAAAGGGAGGGAAUCCGAAAGCCAAGUCCAAGGGCAUGAGCAAGAGAGGCGAGAGAUAGGGGAAGAAGCCUGAGAAAGAAGGAAUAACAGCUUUCCGGAGGAGGCGUGCAGUGAACUGUCUUCUAUUUUAUUUGUCUUUUCUUUUCUUUUUUAUUUUUUAAAGAGAAUCAGGGAACAGAAGCAGAGGCCGAGGGAGAAGACGAGGUGCUGGUGACCUGGGCGUCCAAGUGGAUUAACUGGGGAUGCUCUCCAGGGGCUGUACCCCGCUGCCUUCCAAUUGCAAACAUAAGCCCACAUCCCAGCCAAUGAAGAUGAGAGGCAGCGUGAACAAAGUCAUUUAGAAAGCCCCCCCUCCCCAGGAAGUGUAAACAAAAGAGAAAGCAUGAAUGGUGUGCCUGAGAGACAAGCGUGUGUUGCGCUGUGCCCCACCUUGAGCUGGGCCAGCAGCCGCCUAGCCCUGCCUCUCCCCACCUACUCACUGGUGAUUUUUAUUUUUUAAUAAUUUUUUUCUCUUUUCUUUUCCAUCCUCUUUUCUUACUCUCCUUCAGGGCAAGGCAAGGAUUUUGAUUUGGGGACCCAGCCGUGGUCCUUCUGCUCCUUCUUUAAAAUUACCCACUUUCUCCCCAUUGCCAAGCGGCGUUUGGCAAUAUCAGAUAUCCGCUCUAUUUAUUUUUACCUAAGGAAAAACUCCAGCUCCCUUCCCACUCCCAGCUGCCUUGCCACCCCUCCCAGCCCUCUGCUUUGCCCUCCACCUGGCCUGCUAGAAGUCAGAGCCCAGCAGAACCUGUUUAGACACAUGGAGAAGAAACCCAGAGCUUCACGGCACACAGUCGGCUUCUUCGCGCUCAGGGUUGCCAGCGCUUCCUGGAAGUCCUGAAGCUCUCGCAGUGCAGUGAGUUCAUGCACCUUCUUGCCAAGCCUCAGUCUUCGGGAUCUAGGGAGGCCGCCUGGUUUUCCUCCCUCCUUCUGCACGACUGCCGGGGUCUCCUCCUGCCAGGCCUUGCGGCCUUUCUCCCCGGCCCCUGCCUGAAGAUGCACUUGCAGAGGGCUCUGGUGGUCCUGGCCCUGCUGAACUUUGCCACGGUCAGCCUCUCCAUGUCCACUUGCACCACCUUGGACUUCAACCACAUCAAGAGGAAGCGAGUGGAAGCCAUUAGGGGACAGAUCUUGAGCAAACUCAGGCUCACCAGUCCCCCCGAUCCAUCCGGGUUGGCCAGUAUCCCCAUCCAGGUCCUGGAUCUUUACAACAGCACCCGAGAGCUGCUGGAGGAGGUGCAUGGGGAGAGGGGAGACGUCUGCACGCAAGCAAACACCGAGUCGGAGUAUUAUGCCAAAGAAAUCUAUAAAUUCGACAUGAUCCAGGGGCUGGAGGAGCACAAUGACCUGACCGUCUGCCCCAAAGGCAUCACCUCCAAGAUUUUCCGCUUCAACGUGUCCUCAGUGGAGAAAAAUGAAACCAACCUGUUUCGAGCAGAAUUCCGGGUCUUUCGGAUGCCCAACCCCGCCUCCAAGCGCAGCGAGCAGAGGAUUGAGCUCUUCCAGAUCCUCCAGCCGGGUGAGCACAUAGCCAAGCAGCGGUAUAUCGAUGGCAAGAACCUGCCCACGCGGGGCACUGGCGAGUGGCUGUCUUUCGACGUCACAGACACUGUGCGUGAAUGGCUCUUGCGGAGAGAAUCCAACUUAGGUCUGGAAAUCAGCAUCCACUGUCCCUGUCACACCUUUCAGCCCAAUGGGGAUAUCCUGGAAAACAUUCAAGAGCUGAUGGAAAUCAAAUUCAAAGGUGUGGACAGUGAUGAUGAUCCGGGCCGUGGAGAUCUGGGGCGACUGAAGAAGAAGAAGGAACACAUCCCUCAUCUAAUUCUCAUGAUGAUUCCCCCAAACCGGCUAGACAGCCCAGGCCACAGUCAGAGGAAGAAGCGGGCCCUGGACACCAAUUACUGCUUCCGCAAUCUGGAGGAGAACUGCUGUGUGCGCCCUCUCUACAUUGACUUCCGACAGGAUCUGGGCUGGAAGUGGGUCCACGAACCUAAGGGCUACUACGCCAACUUCUGCUCAGGCCCCUGCCCAUACCUCCGCAGCUCAGACACAACCCACAGCACGGUGCUGGGCCUGUACAACACCCUGAACCCUGAAGCCUCGGCCUCCCCUUGCUGCGUACCCCAGGACUUGGAGCCCCUGACCAUCCUGUACUAUGUCGGGAGGACCCCCAAAGUGGAGCAGCUGUCUAACAUGGUGGUGAAGUCCUGCAAGUGCAGCUGAGGCCCGACCGCCACAGGGAGAGACGAGGGAUCACCACUGCCUGCCCGCCUGCCCCUCGGGAAACACAGCAGCGACGGACCUCGCCGCGAGGCCUGGGGCCCGCGACCUCCGGCUCCAGGCAGAUGAUGGCCGAGACGGGGGUUCCCCUUCUGGAACAUUUCUUUUUCUUGCUGGGUCUGAGAAUCACUGUAGUAAAGCAAGUGUGGGUUUGGUUAGGGGAAGGUCGAUUUCUUCAGGAGACAUGGAUUUUCCAUGUCAGAGGUGGUGGGGACGGAGGAAGAGGGGUGGUUGAGUUGACGCAUCGCAGGGUUCACGGGAUUCGGGACACCCUACGGGGGGAAGGUGGGGCAGAGAAUGGCCUGGACAGGGCCAGACUGGAAGACCCUUGGUGCUGAGGUCAGAUUGCUCAUCCAUCGCUGCCCCACGUCUGCUUGAGGGGCAUCCGGAUCACGUCAUACCAGGCAAGCAUCUUUCUUUAGGCAGGUUCCCAAGACAAAAGUCCCAGAAUUGUAUCUCGUACUUACCUGGGAUUAAGGACAAGUCUGUUAGUUUUGCAAAUUGUCCCCUGGACGUCAGUCGGCAUUGAGGGUUGUUCUGGGAGAAGAUCCAGGUAACGCAGGUCCCGGGGGCCAUCAGCUAUACUGGGCCCAAUGGAUAUGCAGAACUCUGAGGUAGAGGGUGGGAACUGACCCUCUCUGGUCUGCUCCUUGGGUUCCUCCUCUUGCCCUCUUCCUUGAUCGUUCUCCUUGGACAUUUGGCUAGACACCUUCCAGGUCAGGGUGCACAUGACUGGAGUUUGGGUCUCUGCAGCCUUGGGGCAUCAUGGAUUUCCCCUCCUGACCCCCACCCCCCCACCCCGAGACCCUGUGUUCAUCUGGUGUUCCUGGAAGCAGGUGCUACGACGUGAGAGGCAUGCAGGGAAGUUGCACACG